AUGUAUGACGAUCCACGUACAAAAGCUCGAUCUUUUCUUGAAUCAUCUUCUAUUAUAUCAGAACUUGAAGAUGUUCUCAAUCAUCUUGUUUAUGAAAAACCAGAUGAUCUUAAUGGUUAUAUUGCCAAUCAUUUUUUGGGUCAAAGCAAACAACCACAAAUUAUUAAUUUAACUUUAAAACGAUUAAUAGGUCCUGCUGAUGAACCAGCCAUACAUAUCGAUCUUACAAUUGCACUUAGAAAUAGAACUGAACGAUAUAAUGGAAUUACAGUAAAUUUAUUAUCAGGUAAAUUAAAUAAUCUAACAAUCAAACAAUUAGAAGCCUUGGUCAAUUCAUCAUCAUUAGAAACAAUUCUUAACCGUAUAGAUUUAUUCGAUCAAAUAACAAUUGAUAAUCUUCUUGUAGACUUUCGUUCAAAACAUGCAGAUAAAAUGGCAAAAUUAGCAGCAAUUGAAUCAGAAAAUUCUAACGGUGAACCAACGUCUGAUGUUGCACAAGUUAAAAUAUCAACAAAUGCACGUCCAACUACAGGUGCUGGUGCAGCUAAAGCAGGUGUAGCUCCAACACCAAGUAAAAAAGGAGCCGGUAAAGAUCUUCAACCGAUUGAAAUUAUUCCUGAUGAACCUGAACCAUCAUCAUUUGCUGGUCAAUUAUUAAUUACAAGUAUAUCAUUAACUUGUUGUUUAAUAACUGCUGAAAUAAAACAAUCAAAUUUAUUUCGUCUUAUUCAACUUUCAUCUAUUACAAAUCUCUCUAUGCCAUUACCAAUUAUACCUAUUCUUCAAAGUGGACCAAUAUAUCCGGGUAAACAAUCAUUAAUUAAAUAUUUUAUGCUUAUACCAACACCUCAUAUAAUACAUAAUGAAGAGUGGAUACAUAAAGUGCAUAAUAUUCUACAAUUUUUACGUGAUUCAUUAACAAAUGCAAAAGGAGCAACUCUUCAAUCAACUUAUUCUACUGAUGAUGGAUGUCUUGUUUUUCCAAUGGAUAAACCUGAACAAGGAUUUGAUUUAAUUCAAAAUGCUAUUAAUAGUGUAUGUGGUACUGAUGAACAUUGGUUUGAUUAUGCUAUACAAAUGGGACCAUAUGAAACAUUUGAUUAUACACGUGGUAGAUAUGAAGUAACAACAGGUGUUGUAAAAUCACCUGAUGAAUUAGUUGAUGUUUAUGUUGAUUUAAUUGAUACUUAUUCUCGGUGUAUUAUGUUAAUUGAUCCAUUUCGAUAUGCUGACAAAUCAUCAUUAUCUCGUUUAUGUGAUCGAAUAUCAAAUAAAUGCUAUAUAACAUCAACUGAUAUACGUCGUUAUCAAAAUGAUAAUAAUGAUGAUAAUAAUACAAUUAAUUGUCAUUUAUUAUCGUUAGAUAGUGCUCCAACAAUAACUGAAUUGAUACAACGAAUGAAUACAUUACAUGAACUUAAUAGUUAUGCUUUGGGAUUAUUUGAACGAGAUCAUCAAGAAGUAGCACAAGUUCAUUUAGCAGAUCUUGCUGUUGGUUUUGGUUGUCGUUUUAUAAAACUUCCGGGUCUUCUUUCAUUAGGUGGUCAACGAACAUCUGCUAUACUUCAACGUCUUUCAAUAAUUCGUGAUGAAAUUGAAAUAAAUGAUAAUGAUCAAUUUGCACGACCUAAUCAACAUGAAUUUAUUCAUAUUCGAUCACCAAUUGAUUUAACAGAACAAGAAAGAAUUAUUUCAGUAACUCCUACAAAUGCCAAAACUAAAGACAAGAAAAAACGAUCUUAA